GGCAAUGUGUACGUACAUUUAGCGACGCCUACCCUUGGAUGGGUUGAGGCCACGAUUCUGUACUUGGAUGUGCGAAGCCACCGGAGAGAUUUGGCUUCAGCUGAACCUGACUAACAAGUCUGCCGUCUACUUCAUCCAGGCAGGACGUUCGAAUACGACGAAGUGAGCGGUCGCGGCUCUGUGGACCUGUAACGACGUGUGGUUGAGCGGACGGGAAGGCUAGAUUGGAGGCUUUGAAAUUCGGGCCACUUCAUUAAACGGAUUCAAGUUCAGGCAGAGCAUUGGAUUGUCAGAACAAAGAUACAUAGCAGGAGGACCAUACCUGCUGUCCACAAAUCCCCAUCGGCGACUAAGCGAUCGACCACUCGUCAAGGCGAGAGACUCAACACACAAUGGCCACACCAGCCCGAUACCGACAAACAGCGUCCUCGCGACCGUCCCAACCCUCACCGACCGAGAAGCAACAACAUGCGACCGACAAACCCAAACCAGCACCAUCACCAUCGACCGGCUUCUCCCUCUUCGAGAUCCUGCGCAUACUCUGCGCUCUGCUCCUCAUCAGCUGCGGCAUGAGCCGCCUCUGCACCUCCGGGGAGAGCAUGACAUGGGGCUUCAAUCCGUGGUGGACGCGCGCGCGAGAGUGGAAAGCGUUAUGGAACGGCCACAUCCGCCUCACCGACGCGGACCUCGCCCACCACGACGGCACCGACCCCUCCAAACCCAUCUACCUCGCCCUCAACGGCACCAUCUACGACGUCAGCGCCAACCCCAAGACGUACGGCCCCGGGGGCUCCUACCACUUCUUCGCGGGCCGCGACGCCGCGCGCGCCUUCCUCACGGGCUGCUUCCAGGAAGACCGCACGCCGGACCUCCGGGGUGUCGAGGAGAUGUAUAUCCCUGUCGAUCCGCCCAUGCCGACGGAGGAUCCCGGUGCGGGGAAGAUGUGGAGGAAGAAGGAGAUGAGUAGGGCGGAGAUGAAGAUGAGGCAUGCGAGGGAGUUGAGGGAGGCGAGGAAGCGGGUUAGGGAGGGGUUGGAGCAUUGGCAUGUUUUGUUUCGCGGGGAGAAGGGGAAGCCGUAUUUUAAAGUCGGCGAGGUGGAGAGGGAGGAGGGGUGGUUGGAGAAGUUGCCGAGAAGGGAGUUGUGCGAGGAGGCGAGGAAGGGGAGGCCCGUGAGGAAGGUCGAGGAGGUGUGGGAGGUGGUGGGCAAGGAGUGA